GAGCAACAAUCCAUCAAUCAUGGUGUUAGAUUCACGCACAAACUCGCGAUAUGCCUUCUCUUUAUCUUCUUGUUUGUGGAAUUUGGGAUUGUUAAUUUCUUACAUGUCAGAAUCAGAAACAAUUUUCUCGGGAUUUUGGUGAGAUAAUGGUGUUUUGGAUGUGAAAGUAGAAGAAUUUUGCCAGCUUUUCCCAUCGAUUCUUUGUCUUCUCAAACCCCACACAACUUUCAAAAUCAGAUUUUUCUUUUCGGUAGGAUUAUCCGGUGAAGUUACUCUGCUUGAAGGAUUUGUGAAAGUAAACUGAAACAGAGAGAAAGAAAUAUAAUGGCGCAUGGUUCGGAAGAGGGGCUAGGAUUUUCGAGCGAAGAUUACGAUUCGCUAAUUGCGACCACUGAUGUGGAGCUCUUGAAGCGGACAUGGCGGAAUGAGAAAGCUUCUCCUGAAAUUCUUCAGUUUCAGGCUAGUUUGGUGCAGAGAUCUAGAGAGCAGAUUCAGUUGAUGGAAGAUACUAUGGAGGAAUUUGCCAAAAAUGGUACAGAUCCGCUCACUGUCUCUCUGUACCAGAUGGAUUUAGAUAGGGCAUUGUUCCUCUUGAGAUCGUAUCUUCGGACCCGCCUUCAAAAGAUUGAGAAGUACUUUAUCCACAUUUCAAAAUCUGAAUUGUGGAACCGGCUUUCUGAACAAGAGCAGAAGUUUGCUAAAAAGUGCACAGAUUAUAUGGAAAAACAUCUCCAAAAAUCUGUUUUGUCUCAUUUACCUUAUGGUUAUCAGUCCAUUCUGAGGCAAUCCAUAUCCAGUGAAGAAGAUGAUAUGGUCCCAGAGCCUCAGUUGGACACCUUUGUCUUCUGCAAGAGCAAGGGUUCUGUGGGAGCUUUCCAACUUGAUGAUAGUGGGGAUGAGAUUGUGGACUUAGUUGCGGAUGAUCUAUAUGUACUACGUUACAAGUCAAUAAAGGCACUCAUAGAGAGUGAGCAGAUUGACCUUGUCUAACAAAAGUUGGCAUCUUCUGGUUGAAGUCAUUUGCAGUGUAAGCCAUGGCAGGUUUGUAAGGACCUAUGAAAAAGCCAGGAAGGAGCAGAUGGCUUUCUUUUGUACCUUUGGAAGUGUGCCUUUGGGUGGUAUGUACUUGUAGCAACCCUGUGUGGAUACAUCAUUCUCAUCUUUACCCCCUGAAUUAACUCUGAAUUGUAUUCGUGGGCAGAGCAUGCAAUGCUCUAACGCUUCAGGACAUAAUCUUGUAGUUCAAAAGUCUGUUCUAUUGAUGACAUCGUUUAAUCUUCUCUUUCUGUAA